AUUUGUAGUCCUCGUUUGGAACGAAAUAUCAUAACCGUGUCUUGUUCCUCUCUCUCGGAGGAAAAGGAAAAGAAAAAGUAAAAAGGAGAGAACGAAGGAAGAUCUCAGACAUGGAUGCGCUAGAUUCCGUCGUCGAUCCAUUGAGAGAGUUCGCUAAGGACAAGUAUCGCCUUGUCAAGCACUGCCACAAGCCAGAUGGAAAAGAAUUCACGAAGGUCACAUUUUGUAUGGCUGCCGGCUUCAUCGUGAUGGGAUUCGUUGGGUUCUUCAUGAACCUAAUCCUCAUCCCCAUCAACAACAUCAUCGUCGGAUCUAUUUAGGUAAACGUGGAGUUGUAAAGGAAGAAUGCAGGGAGUAUUCCAUUCACAUGGAUGAUUACGUAGGGGAAGGAUGCUGAACACUUCAGGCACUUGGUCUAUCUAUGCAUCUCAUUUUCUUAGCUAGACAGAGUUUGAGUUUUAUGGAUUAGGGAUUGGUUUCUCUUAAAGCUUUAUUUUUUGUUCUUAAUGAAGAUCUGCAACCUUGCGUAGA